AUGACAUACACGGUCCUCCUGUUCAUUACGAGAAACUCCAACAUCACCACGGAGGAGUUCAAGAACCACUACGAGCAUACACAUAUUCCCUUGGCCCGUAGUCUAGUCGGCCAAGUCUGGCCAAAGGUUUUCAGACGUCAGUAUCUCGCGCGGAUCACUCGGAAGGGCUUUGGCGGACCAUCAAACCCAGAUCGUCCCCUGUUGAUGUUAAGGGGAGAUAGUCUCGAAGACGACUACGACUGCAUUGCUGAACUCGGUUUCGACAGCGAAUUCGACUUCCAAAUGUUCUUCAAGGGCAUCUACGCCAAAGAAAAUGCUGCCAUCCUGGCAAGAGACGAGGAGAAGUUCUUGGAGCCAGGCAAGACCAGAGCGGUAGUCGUGGGCGAGACCAUAAGUGAUGACGGUGAUCGUACCAUUCACGAAGUCGGCUACAUACCAAAGCUCCAUUCGCCUGAUAGUGAGAUGAGCUCGAGUGGGAUGAGCUGA